AUGAGUUUUGUUCUUGUUAAGAGCUCUAAUGGUUACUCCAAGGUUGAUAAAGAAGACCCAGAAGAGAUAAUUCAUCGAAGAGCACAGUUUAUAAUCAACAAAGUGUUGGAACGAGCGGAUUCCAUGGGCAAAGCUUCGUAUCUGAGAAUUAGAAUUCGAAGACUAAGAGUUAGAUUUGGAAGAAGAUUGAAGAAGCUGAAGAAGAGUGCAAUGGCAAGUAUUUGCAAUGUCAAGAUUAGUGUUUACAAGCAAAUAAUCUGUCAGAUCAGAAACUGCAAGUCUUUGUUUGGUAGAAAAGAAACCAACUUUGCCAAUCUACCUCCUCUCUUAUCAUCCUGA